GUUGAAGCUAUGGACGCUGAUGUAGUGGAUGUUUGGAAAUUUACAAAUAUUUUAAAAAAAUUAAAAAAUUGCAAAGGCAAUGGAACCUCCAUGAUUUCACUGAUCUUGUCGCCAAAAGAUCAGAUUGGGGGAGCCAAUAGAAUGUUAAACGAUGAAUUUGGCACAGCUGCUAAAAUAAAGUCCACUGUGAAUAGGUUGUCAGUCUUAGGUGCUAUAACGUCUGUACAGCAAAAAUUGAAGUGCUACAAAAACGUGCCACCAAAUGGUCUCGCAGUAUUUUGUGGUACGACAAUAACUGAAGACGGGAAAGAGCGGAAGGUCAACACUGUUGUUGAGCCUAUCAGGCCAAUUAAUACUUCCCUAUACCUUUGUGACAAUAAGUUUCACACAGAAGCACUGGAUAAUCUUUUAAAAGACGACCAGACGUUUGGCAUCAUUGUGAUGGAUGGACAUGGUGCCUUGUUUGGGACAUUGCAAGGCAACACAAAAGAGGUCUUAACCUCAUACGGUGUUGACCUCCCCAGAAAACACUCAAGAGGUGGUCAGUCCGCUAUGCGGUUUGCUCGCAUAAGAUCAGAGAAGAGACACAACUAUGUUCGGAAGGUGGCAGAAACAGCCACUAAGUUAUUCAUCAACAAUGAGAAGCCCAAUGUAUCUGGUCUUAUCCUGGCUGGCAAUGCAGAUUUUAAGACCGAGCUCAGCCAGUCGGAUUUGUUUGAUCCUAGACUUCAAGCUAAAAUUGUUAAGGUAGUCGACGUGUCAUACGGUGGAGAAAAUGGUUUCAACCAGGCCAUUGAAUUAGCUGCUGAGUCACUGCAAAAUGUCAAAUUCAUACAGGAGAAAAAACUAAUAGGUCGAUACUUUGAAGAAAUAAGUAAAGACACAGGCAAGUACUGUUUUGGAGUUGAAGACACUCUGAGAGCCUUGGAACUAGGUUCUGUAGAAAAUCUUAUUUGCUGGGAGAACUUGGAAAUCCAACGCUAUGUGAUGAAGAAUCACACAAACGGUGAGGAGAAGGUCCUCCAUCUUACACCUGAGCAAGAGAAGGACAAGACUCACUUCAUCGAUAAGGAGAGUAAAGUUGAGCUGAAGACUGAGGAUAAGCAACCCUUGCUGGAGUGGCUGGCCAACAACUACAAGAGCUUUGGUACAACCCUGGAGAUAAUCUCAGACAAGUCACAAGAGGGCUCACAGUUUGUCAAAGGAUUUGGUGGAAUUGGAGGGCUUCUAAGAUACAAAGUGGAUUUCCAGAGCAUGCAGUGUGACGAUUUGGACACCAACGAAGUGUUCAAUCUAGAUGAUUAUUGA